AUGGUGUAUGCAUGUGACUACGCUUCGCCAUGGUGGGAGACCACCACCACGAUCAGCAUCGACGGCGGGGAUACUCUCGAUCUUCGAUUUUCAAGGUCGCGUCGCAACUUGACCGCUUGCACCUUAAUCGUUACAUCAUCGCUGCUGGAAAACGAUACGGGAGAACUGUACAGAGAGGAGCGCGGAGACGCCUCGUCGCGUCGCGGAAACGGCGGAGUCCUUCGGAACGCGAAGUUACGCGCAUUGAAAGCAAAAGAUGUGUAUCACGGGUGUUUCAUCCGGAUAAUUAACGACCUCGACUUAACUCGAUCUUAUAAUUUUAUUUCGAACUUGCGAAACAGUCUGGCAACUUUUAUGAUCACUUCCAGCCUAUAA